AGCUUCCCAAGGUGGGUCCUUUGGUGGAUGGACCCACAUGGCUAUGAGGGACAUCUCUUCCCAUUUUUCUGUGUCUGGUCAAUCCAUCAACGUGGACAUCUGGAAGUGAGAGGAUGAAGGGGAAGGAGAGAGGAGAGAGAAGUCCUCCAUGGGGUUUCGGUGACACAAGGGGAGGAAGCACUACUUGCCAUUUGCUUACGAGCAUUUUUGUUUCUCUUGCUUAUUGUUCUGGGGUCUCCACUUCCCAGGAGGGCUAAGAAGUUGGAGCCAAAACCCAGAAUUGCUGUCCGCACAGGUUCCCUGCCCACCUGUGCAGAGCACAGCAUGAAAGCGUGUCCAUGUCUCCCAUCGUCCCGUGAGGGGCAGAAGCAUCGAUUGCUUCUGAGUGAGCACUGCCAAGCCUGCUGCACCUUAUUUCUGUAUCUCAGAAUCAUCAAAAUCCAGGUGAGAGGUACAGUGUAGACGUCAUUCACUGCGAGUCUGGCCCCGUCCAUCAGUACCAACGAAGAGAAGCAAAUCGGGACAGAGAUACGUCACUACUGUCUCUAG